AUGAUCUGCUGCUCUGGUCUGCAGUCAGGCAGGCAGACUUUGUAGGAGGAGGAGGGACAGGGAAGGAAAAUGCCUUUCUCUGUGGGAGACAUUAGCCCUGUGAUCUCAUGAAUAUAUUACAGAGCAAUGAGAAAGGUGUAGUGAGCUGCCAAAGCACACACUGCAACAGCUUGUAUUCUAAUCGCUAGUUAGUUAUUUAUUUUUUAAAUUCUUAAUAAAUAAACAAACGUGAUGCAAAUUUAAACCCAGAAUAGUUGAUUAAUGAGCGUUUGUGGUGUGAAAAAGCAAUUAUUAACAGCCCAGCCACGCUCGAUUAAACGGUCAUCAAGCAGCCUUGCCUUGUUAGCUCCGACUGCGACACUACGGCUAAGCUAAAACUGUUUAGCCGAGCUAACACAACAAUUAAGCGGCUCCAUCGUCUGGCAGCUGGCGGACACACACAAGUGUUGUUGCAGCAGGAGAUCCAUGCAUAUAGGGAUGAGUGUUGAUUUGCAUUCUUUUGCAUUGCUGCCAUCACCGCCACAUGAGCAGGGCUGCCACUUAAGGACAGUGGGGGUUCUCUAAUGAUCCCCCGUUCAUCCGAUGAACCCCCUCAACUCCAUGAAACCCUCCCUGCCUCCCACUCCACAAAGCAGUGACGGCCCCUUCCUAAAUGAGCCAGUCUCCUGGCAACCAGGCACCAAUCAGCACGCAGGAUCUCUCUCUGUAGUAACCACAGUGUGGGGUGUGACCAAUCCCACACACAGCCAGGUGUUUUGUGCACCCAUGGGCCCUGGUGAGAGCUCUGGCGGUCACAUGAUGCCCGGUGGCAGCCCUGGUAUGGCCGCCGGCAUGGGCUCCCAGUUCAUGGGCCAGCAGUCGUACGGAGAUGCAGUCUCCAAAGGCUACGGCCAACCAGUCAUGUAUGGACGUCCCAACGCUGCCUACAACCCAGCCUCCGCCUACGGUGGAAGUUACUCUGGUAAUAGCGGAGGUGCCGGCAUGGGCGUUCGGCCUCCCUCAGACUUCACUCAGGCUGCUGCCGCCGCUGUUGCUGCCGCCGCUGCCACAGCAACCGCCACUGCUACGGCAACUGUUGCAGCAAUACAGGAAAAACAGAACCAGGAGCUGAGCUAUGGCCAGAUGGGUGGAGCAUCCUCUUACAGCACCCAGUUCCUGUCUCACUCGGGCCCCCGUGGCCCUCCAGGGAUGAACCCUGGUGGGAUGGUCCCUUCCAGGCCUGGGCCGCCUCCCUCUACUGCAGGCUUGUAUCCCUCUCACCCUGCACAGACGCAGAGAAUGCCCCAGCACGGAGGCUAUCCAGGCGGACAGCAGGGCCUUAAACGACCUUUCCAUUCUGAGGGUUUUCCGGGGCAGCAGUACGGCUCUGGUGGGAUGUCAGGGUACCCCAAUCAGCCCCUGCAGUACCCCACUGGUCCACAGCAAAGAUGCGCCCCCUCGCCGUCUUACCCUUCCAGCCGGAUGCCGCAUAUGGGGCAGUACUCCUCUGGAUCACACAAUCCAGCACAGUUUCCCCCUGGAGCCGGACAGCCCAAUCCUCCACAGUAUUAUAAGUCGGAGCCUUUCAAUGGUCAGGGCAGCCUGCCAUCUGGAGGAACAGGAGGAUACAAUGCUUUCACACAGGCCGCAGUGAACGGGCCAGGUCGGGGGGGAGUCAUGCCCGGGUAUCCCAGCUCGCCCAUGGGAGGGAAUCCCACCCCUCCGAUGACACCUGGGACCUCCAUACCUCCCUACCUUUCCCCAGGCCAGGACACAAAACCCCCCUACCUUCCACCAGACACCAAACCCAACAUCAACACCCAGCAGCCCUCAACAGGAAACCCCAGUGAUGACCUGCGUCUCACCUUCCCGGUGAGAGAUGGCGUCGUGUUGGAGCCAUUCAGGCUGGAGCACAACCUGGCUGUCAGUAAUCACGCCUUCCAGCUCCGAGACUCCGUCUACAAAACACUCAUGAUGAGACCGGAUCUGGAGCUGCAGUUUAAGUGUUACCACCACGAGGACAGACAGAUGAACACUAACUGGCCUGCCUCUGUGCAGGUCAGUGUAAAUGCAACUCCUUUGUCCAUUGAAAGAGGUGACAACAAAACCUCCCACAAGCCCUUGUACCUAAAGCAAGUGUGCCAACCAGGACGCAACACUGUACAGAUCACCGUGACGGCAUGCUGCUGUUCCCACCUGUUUGUGUUGCAGCUGGUUCACCGACCGUCUGUCAGGUCUGUCCUGCAGGGUCUGAUGAAGAAGAGGCUGCUGCCAGCAGAGCACUGCAUCACCAAGAUAAAGAGAAACUUCAGCAGCGGCACCAUCCCUGGGACUCCCGGUCUGAACGGAGAGGACGGCGUGGAGCAGACGGCAAUCAAAGUUUCCCUCAAAUGCCCUAUCACAUUCAGGCGAAUCCAGCUACCAGCCAGAGGCCACGACUGCAGGCACAUACAGUGUUUUGACUUGGAAUCAUAUUUGCAACUCAACUGUGAGCGAGGAACCUGGAGAUGUCCUGUGUGCAAUAAAACAGCUUUGCUAGAGGGGCUGGAGGUGGACCAGUACAUGCUUGGGAUCCUCGUCUACAUCCAGAACUCUGACUAUGAGGAGAUCACCAUAGACCCGGUGUGUGGUUGGAGGCCGGUGCCCGUCAAGCCUGACCUCCACAUAAAGGAAGAGCCCGACGGUCCGGUGCUCAAACGCUGCCGCACAGUCAGUCCGAGUCACAUGGUACUGCCCAACGUGAUGGAGAUGAUCGCUGCUCUGGGCCCGGCGUCGUCCCCCUACCAGAGUCUGACCACAGGAGGCAGGAACACACCUGAUUACAGCCGGCCAGGGAGUCAGGGAUUCUCCAACCAAACUGGAUUCACAGACUUCCCCAACACUCCUGGAACCCCGACGCUCGGAGAGUACGCUUCAUCCGGACCACCACCUCCACUCCCUUAUCAGCCCGACCAGACGGCUCACGCUGGGCGAAUCGAUCACUCCCAUAACCUCCUCCAGCAGCAUGCUUCAGGUGUCCAUGGCAACCAGAAUCUCGGUGAUGCCGGCAGCCCGCUGCCACAGCGGAGCGCCAAUACCCAGAAUUCUCGACUGCAGGGUGACGGCUCUUUUGGUCUGGGUGGCCCUGGAGCUCCUGGAGGAGACGGAGCCGAUCACGCACUGGAUCUUCUUCCCGAGCUGACCAACCCAGACGAGCUGCUGUCCUACCUGGGUCCCCCCGACCUCCCCAACAACAGCAGCGACGACCUGCUGUCUCUGUUCGAGAACAACUGAUGCGACGUUCGUGUCCACGCCGGUCAGCUUCCAGUCAAACCUCUGCUUCUAUCUGCCGUCUGAAGGCAGCACCGGCUCUGUUUGCACCCACUACCUGUGUCUGUCUGUGUGUGUGAGAGCGAGUGUGUGAGUGUGUGCCCGUCAGUGUGUGUAUAAGAGCAAGCGUUUGUGUGUGUGUGUGUGAAGGUAACUGUGUGAAUGUGUGUGUGGUGGUGUUUUUGUGUAUCGUUGUCUUUCUAAAGUGUCCUGCUGUACUCUGAAGUCGUCUCAGUACAGUGUGGAUGUAGGACUGAACAGUAUGAAGAAUAGAACCGUACGCAGGCUCCGACUGCAGACCAGCAUUUUAAACUAUAGCACAAACCACAGGCUGGAGGAUUUCUAUUUAUAGGUUUUAUAAGUGGAGGAUAAUGGAAGUUAAUGGACACAUUGAUAUGGCGGUUCCUAAAGUCUGACUACUGGACUCUUACAUGCCCCAAUGUUAACAAACACGUAUCGUCUGCAUGUCACAACAUUGUCUGAGGUUUUACUGCAACUUAUCCUUCCAAAUUUAUGCUGUAAAUCCAGAUGUUGUUCAAACUCACUAAAAGUAAAAAUUGUUGCGCAGAUCCCAAAGUUUCCAAAGUCACCAAAAGUGUCCAGCUGAAUGCUGGCUAAAGUUCUAUGACACUAGAAGGACACUGUCCUGUGAUAUGCAAUCCAAACCAAAUCCAGACUAAAAUUUAACAGGUUCUUCCUUUGCCAGACAUGAACUUUUCAUUCCAGAGCCUCUUGCCUGACCCUUUUUGUCUUUGAAAUGGCAUUCCAAGUGACUUCAUAAUAAAAAACACACACCGAUAAUAAUAAUUUAGUCCUUAUUGAUACAAGUUAUAUUUAAAUUGUGUCCAACUUCAGGAAAAAAAAAACAGCAGAGGCACAGCAAAUAAUUAAUGAAGCAGUUUUUGAUGCUGAUAUCAAGUAUCUUAAUCCCAAAACGAGUCAUGAUCUAAUUUGCAGCAGUGAUUCAUCGAUCGAUCCCACUGCAUAUCUGCGUUGCAAGAAUUUUUCAGAGCAGCACACAGCGAUACUGUAAAGAUUGGACACAGCCAGCAUAAACACAUCUAAAGAACUCUAAUUCACCUUUCCCAAAUACCACCGCCAUUUGGGAACCGUUGAAAUAUUCUAUAUUAUUCUUAUUGUCAACAGAUCACAUGAAAGCACUGAAACCAACUCUACGUUAUUCCAUCUCUCAAUACUUUGACUUCACUGGGUUCCUACAAAAGAUCUUCAAAGUAAAGUUCAUUUCUAUAAUAAUUUCGAGAAACAAUUGCAGCUUUCUUGCAGGUGACUGAAGAUUAUUUGUAUAAGUCUGAUUUACCAAAAACUGUUGAAUGCCACCUGUUCAUGACCUUUACCAAAGAAUAAAAGCUAGAUUUUCAGACCGCAAAUCAUCAAAUCCUGCUUUCAAAAACCAAAAAAGUAACAGUUAGCAUCCAUGAACUGUAUUACAGGACAUGAAAAUACUAAUACACUACCACUGAAAAAUUUUCCAUGAAGACUCGUACUUUUAUUCAUGUGCUAACAUAAUUGCACAAGGGUUUUCUAAUCAUCAAUUAGCCUUUUAACACCAUUAGCUAACACAAUGUAGCAUUACAUUCAACAGGAGUGAUGGUUGCUGGAAAUGUUCCUCUGUACCCCUAUGGAGAUAUUCCAUUAAAAAUCAGCUGUUUCCAGCUACAAUAGUCAUUAACAAUCCCUAAACUGGAUUUCUGAUUAAUUUAACAUGAUCUUCGUUGGAAAUAAAAUGCUUUUCUUUCAAAAAUACAAACAUUACUGAGUCACCCCAAACUUUUGAACGGUAGUUUACAUCCUGCCUAAACAUGCUAUGACCGUGUACCAGGGUCAUUGUAAGAAAUCACGCUGGAUUUUCUUUUAUUUUUCUAUAGUUUUGUAAUGGCCAAGUCUCCCUCAGGGUUGUGAUUUAAAGGGGAACGUCGUUUUUUUCCAACCUGGGAUCUGUUUCCAUAUGUCACUUCAUACAAGUGAGUGAUGGAGAAAUGAAUUUUCGACAUAGCUCCAGUAUUUAGCCAGGCAGGCAGCUUAGCAGCUCAGCUAGCGAAAAGUAUCGGGCAACUGGCCCCCCCGCGUCAAAGUCCGCCCUAACGCUAGGAAGCAAAUCUCGUUCCGAAAUCACACGUUUUGGCGCGAUUUCGGAACGAGAUUUGCUUCCUAGCGUCCUGAGCUUUGGAUACAUGUGACGACAAAGAGCGAUCGCCAGGUAAUGUGGAGGUUUUCGUUCACUUCUCAUCUCUAGUAUGUUGUGGGACACUCGUUGAGACUAUCUGAGCCGGUCAGUGUGGGGGGAAAAAAGCACGUUAGGACAGACUUUGACGCGGGGGGGCAAGUUGCCCCAUACUUUUCGCUAGCUGAGCUGCUAAGCUGCCUGCCUGGCUAAAUACUGGAGCUAUGUCGAAAAUUCAUUUCUGCAUCACUCACUUGUAUGAAAUGACAUAUGAAAACAGACCCCAGGUUGAAAAAAACAAAGUUCCCCUUUAAAUCUCAAAGAACCCUGUGGUUCAAAGUCUAAAUAAAGAAUGAACUAAAAUAAAACCAAACUUAGAGCCACUGAGGAGGAGGUAGAAAAAUGACGGAAGAAGAAAACCCACUUUGCUUCAUUUUGCAAGUUUAGAUAAACACUAUUGCUCCAUAGAUGCUGCCAGUUAAUUAAGUCGUUAAUAUUUUCUCAUUUCAUUAGGUCAGCCGCUGUAGCUAUCCUUAUUUUAUUUUUUUAUUUUUUGAGCUAAGAUGACCCUGAUACACCUUCCUGAAGUACCUUGCCAAAGUGAAUAUUGAAACAAAUCAGUUGCUUUGCUGAAAUAGGCCGAUAAAAUAUAAUCUCAGUCAAUUAUGUUCAAACUCAUUCUACAAAUAACAAUCUGUUCAUACAAGCAUUUCCUGAAUGUGACCCAGUAUGUAACAGUAGUGUUGAAUUUCCUCAUAAACCCAAUAAAAACUGGAGAAAAAAAAAUUUAAGCCUAUUAUGUAAUAACAAAAUUAUUUACAAUUUUAAAAAAAUGAUUAGAUCAUCCAAAUAACAAUAAAUACGAUAAAUAUUUGGUUUAAAAAAAUUGAAAUGAAUUUAGAGACUGACCGUGACUCUACAUGAAUUCUGAUUUUAAAAAUGCAAUUAUAAUUUUAACUGAUUAGUUGUUUUUUUAGUUUUGAAAUCUGUGAAUUCUACAAAUCACUUGAGAAACAACCUGUUAAUACAAAUUGUUCUUUCACCAGGCCCAGUAUUUGUCUGCGGGGGUGUUGGUUUUGCUCAUAAACAAUCUGAUAUCAUAAAAUAUCAGUAAUAAUUAUUUUACAAAUUAUCCCGACUUAGUCAACUAAUUCUAGUUUUAUUUUAUUACUGUAUUGUGCUCAAAAUUUAAUUCAAAUUUUUUACAUUUAAAUUUCAGGUGUAAUCAGUGACUGCUACAAAUAAAAACUGCUACCAAAAGUGUUUUUAUUUGGUCCUAAAACCAAAUGCAAAACAUAUAAUUAAUUGCACAAUAAUACAACUCUCAGUAAUUAUUUAAAUUUUCCAAAUAAAUACCAGAAUUUUAACAGAAAAGACUGGUCAAUAAAAUCUCUAUAAUUAUGGUAUCAUUCAGGUGAAAUGAUUGUUUUUAACCUCGUGUAAAUUGAUGAUUGCUGCAAAUAACUUGAGAACUAAGUGAUUCUUGCAUGAGGCCCAGAAUGGUUGGUUUUAGUCAUUUUAUGUGAAUUCUUAACAAUAACAACAUAUAGAAUAGCAAUCAUUUCAUUUUAAUCCUGGUGAAGACGGCAUGAGAUGAAGAGGAUCUAAGCAUGAAGUGAUCAUUGAGUAAACCAGAGAAAAUACAGCCCACAUGUACAGAAGACAUUUAGAAUACGUGAAGCUGGGAGAACGCCGAGGUUCAUUGCGGCUCCGACGUCCUUCGGCACUGUGAAAUAUGAAUAUAAACCCCACCACCACCACCACCACCACUCUUCCCUCUGUCAGUUCACCCUCUCUGGGGGGGUUUCAAGCUGUGUGUUGUGGCAUUUUCUGCCAUCUGAAAGCCGUUUGUAUGUUUUUAAAUGGUUUGACAUGUAUAACCCAUCAUGACACGGGUUUGUGUCCUGUAUAAUCAGCUGUUUUCAUUAGAGAACGUGUGUGUACCAAAUGAAUUGUUAAUCAUGGUAAUUUUAAUGUUAUUAGUUGGAUAAUGGAUCAUUGUUGGCACUGUAUACAUACUGUAUGUUAGAAAACUAUAAAGCAACUGUAAAAAUGUCGCAGUCAUACAUACAUUCGUGAUGCAUGUAUGACAGAAAACUUGCAGUCAGCUGACAUCCAGUUAAUGCAGUUACAGAGGUUGAAAUUAUUCUUAAUACCACUUUUUAAAGCUGACGUUUUUCUAUGAAGGAUUUUCCGACUGGUCCGACAAGGCAGCAAUGAUUAAUGUUCUUUGCCAAUUUGAGCAACACAAUAAUGUUAUAUUUGGAAAAUAUGGACUAUUUAACUGCAAAUUUGCUAGAAAAAAAUGUUUUUUAAUAUGUAAACUAUUCCACAUAUUUUGUAACACAUUGUAAUUGCCAUUAUUUUCUAUUUAUUUUUUAAUCAUAAUCAUCAUUGUACCUACAGUUAUUUUGUCCCCCUCCUCAAACUCAGAAUCAAAAUUAAAAAUCACUUUAUUUGACAAAAAUGGUUUGUUUUGGAGAUUUACUCAUGACUUGUAUGUGUAAGGAGGCAAAGCAUAUAUUGGUCUGUAUAAGAAACUGAAUACUUAAUUACUUAAUUGUAAAAUUUCAUCUCCUGAAUCGUCACAUAAAAUCAACCCUGGUUCUUUGAUAGAUUUAUAAUAGUACUUCUGGAAAUAUGACAAAAUAUAUAAGAAAAUAUACAUACAGCAACUUGAAUGAUCUGUUUUGGAGAUGUCGACAGUUGUGUUAAUAUCCAUUUCUUAGCAACAUGGCCUCUUAUGAUUUGAUUGACUACAGCUGGUGACUCCUCUGAGCCGAUUUAAGUAAUUGCACUCUAGGCUUUGCCACAAACACGACAGUUUGAGGCUUAGCACAGAUCUAAACAAGAAGAGCACUCAGAGAGCGCAGUACUCUGCAAAGGCUGCUCAGUCAUUUGAGUUACGACAGAUGGAAUCUUUCAACAAUUCGUGAUCUGCAGCAGUUGAUUUGUACUAGGAUCGCAAUCAUGUGCUCUUCAGCAGUCAGUUGAUGUAGUGUUCACUUGUUAUCGUUACAGUGAUGCUGUGCCACUAGCUGGCAGGGAUGCAGAUAUAUGUAACAAAUCCGUGGAUCCAGACUAUAAGCUGCAUCACUGCCAAAAUCUAAAUCCUUGUCAUUUCCGACCGUCCCUGAAAAUUUCAUCCAAAUCUAUUUUUGAGUAAUGUGUAGGAUCCACCAGCCAUUAUUCCACAGUGGAACAGGACAAGAACAGAUUUUGUCUGUCCCUUUCCUGCCCUGGGUUUACCACCUUAACAAGCACAGGUUGGAGACAGGGCUCGCUUUGAUCAGUGGAGCUGAGACCCCCAUGGCACUGCAAGCAAGACGCUUUCCAGAUCUGGUACGCGGGUGCAAAGUAACGAAUCAGCAGGAAAGUGUGAGACCAGACUUUAAAGGAUUCCCCUACACAGACCUCCAGGAUGUAAAUUAGGCCUGUCUCAGUCAAGAGACUGGUUUAAACCCCCAGCCACUAUCAGGUCUACAAGGGACCAAAUGGCCACCGAUAAACAUUCGGACUGAUUCCUGAGCCAUUGAAGGGGUCUCAGGAACCUACAUGACAACUUUAAAGACAUUUCACUCACUGACAAAGGAGCUCUGGACUCACGUCAGAACCGACAAAGACAAUCGCCUCACAAUUCUGGACUCAACUCCUUUUCAUGUACAUCCAUUUCACAGAACAAAUGAACUUUUCAAUGACUUCAUGGUCACUCUACAUCUUUGCCUUGCCUUUAAUCUUUUAUUUGUCCUGAUUGGUAUCAAUAUGAUAAUUUGUAACAUGUCUGUCAUUCACGUGAUCAUGUUUAAUAUCAUUCUGAUCCUCUGUCAGUCAGUAAUACACCUAGGUACAUCUUGUUCACCAAAUUACAAUAUUUUUGGAGUUGUAGAUACCACAAAAUUAUCUGCAAAUGUAAUUAUGCCAGGGACAUCUGGAUUUAAGCACUCCCCAACGGAAGUUGGUCCAGAUGCCCCCCUUCCUUAAUGAGAUGCAAGAAUCCGUUUUAAAAGACCACAUCUGAAAGCACCACUUUGAGCUCUCCUUUACCAUCAGAGUCCUCCUUUACCAUCAGAACAAUCCUUGAUCAUCGAGUUUUCCUAUCUGAGCACAAUCCAUCAUUCCGAGGCUCCAUUCUGUCCAGCGCUGUUCCAACCCACAUCAACAAAGGCCGACCGGACCAUCCACCAAGGCAUCAUCAUCACGACAUGCAAGUACCUUUCAGUCACUGGAACUUGGUGCAACUUCACCAAAUUACCAUUUCAAAGACACCAUUCACAGGGUAUCAAAUUGACAGCUGCUUUCAGGUGUGGUGUCUUUAUCGCUUUUCCCUCAGAACACCAUAUUUCAAAUGUAAUAUUUCUGAUAUUGCAUUAAAAUAUUGUGCUCUCUUC